UCCAGCGCUCUCACACACUUUCAUUCAUAGUUGAACCGCUACAGAACAUUGAAAUCAUAUGCUUGCACAGACACAACUCGCGGAAUAUUAUGGAGUUUUAAGAGAAGAGAUUCUGAGAAGAAAUACCGCGGACAUUGAAACGGAUGUCUUAUUUUCAUGCGAAGGGACGUUAUCGCAGAGGGUCUGGAAUUUUGAGCGAGAUUGAUUCAGCAAGGAAAGUGGAUUGCCUUUUGGGUUGCAACUUUUCGGAAAUAAAGCCAAUAUAUCUUGACAAAGAAUUUGAAGAACAUUUGUCAGGGCUAGGUGUCCCGGUCUCUCGGCUCCGCCGGGGAAAUGUUCCAAGGGUUCCCCGGAGACCUUGAUACCGGCUCCCGUGGAAGUUCCUCUCCUUCUCUUGAGUACCUGUCAUCUGUGGACUCCUUCGGGAGUCCGCCGACCACUAGCGCUCCUCCUCAAGAGUGUGUAUCAACUGCUAGUGGUGUUGGUGCUGGCAGUGGGACAGCUAGCAGUGGAGCAGGGGUGGAAAUGCCAGGUUCGUUUGUGCCUACGGUGACCGCAAUCACCACCAGUCAAGAUCUGCAGUGGAUGGUGCAACCCACACUCGUCUCUUCAGUUGCCCCUGGCCAGAGUGACGCAGGAGCGUCCACUAUGACCCAGCCAGGGGCCCUGGACCCUUAUGAUCUACCGGGACCCAGCUUCUCUUCUGGGUCUGGAUUCACUCCACCAAGUUCUGACACUCCGGGUCCAGUUCGUCCAUCUCGGGCUCGCAGCCGACGCAGUCGGGAGGAGAGCUUGACACCAGAGGAGGAAGAGAAAAGAAGAGUGCGACGGGAACGAAAUAAACUAGCUGCUGCCAAGUGUCGCAAUCGACGGCGUGAGCUUACAGACCAGCUCCAGUCUGAGACAGACAUAUUGGAGGAGGAGAAAGCCGAGCUAGAGGCGGAAAUAUCCGAGCUUCAGAAGGAGAAGGAGCGCCUGGAGUUUGUCCUGGUGGCCCACCAGCCAAGCUGCAAGAUCCCCUACCAGGACCAGCCAUCAGUGCCUCUCCAGCAGACACCUGUCCACCCGCCACUGACCACCGCCGUCUCGGUGGUGGGCCUGACUGUGAAGGAGGACUCUUUCUACCUGCCCCCUGCCUACUCGUCGCACCACCAGACGUCUACGCAGACGCAGCAGCUGCAGCCGGGGAUGAUGCAGGAGGUAGCCUUUUCUAGUUCUUUCUAUGGGCAAGUUGAGCUGGCACAGGGCAGCCCAUGUCCUGUUGCCACUGCUGCUGCUGGUGGUGGUGGUAACAACCCAGACGCCGGCUGCUACAACUCCUCAUAUACAUCUUCAUUUGUGUUCAGCUACCCAGAGGGAGCUUGCGGGGCCAGCGCUAACCAGUGGACCAGCAGUAGUGAUCAGUCAUCUGACUCCUUAAACUCUCCCUCACUUCUAGCUCUCUGAAUGAUGCCCAGUCUACUUACUCCAUAUCCCAGAAUUCAUAUGCUCCAGCAUACAUUAUUUUAGCCACAGUGGCUUAUGGGAGGAAAAGUGCUGCACUUGGUGAAAUUUUAAUCCAAUGGGUUGAUUUUCAGAACCCAAUUAUUACACCCUAUGCCAUUGCUUGGCAUGCCUAGGUUGACUUCUAGGUUGUCAGGGUAACGUUAGUCCUCUCUCUAUUCAGAUUUAAUUCAGAUGCAUUUCUGUGAUAAAAUUCAUGGCCUCUCUUCUCACAAGCUGUAGGUACAUACACACACAGGCACACAGACACAGACACACACACACACACACACACACACACACACACACACAUCCAUGUGCUCCUCUUGUUGCCAUUUUGUGUUUUCUUCAGUUUACAUUAUUAUCUCCAACGCUGCCUGUUAGCGGAAUGUGUUUGAUGAGAAGUGAGGAAAAGGGGACUUGUAAUUGGGUUAUAUUGAUUUAGGCAUCACUUCAAACUUCUCUCUUUGCAUCUCUUGAUUUGUCAAAGGCUGGAACUUGGAAUUAUGGGAACAUUUUUUCUGCCUUUUUUUCUUGUCUUUCCUUGCAGUUUCUAUCUGCCGCAUCUCCAUCUGUUUCUCCUAUCUCCUGUCUUUUUGUCUCUGCUUCUCUUUGAAGUCCUCCACAUGUGAGAACCCAACGACUCCCGACAGCCCCUGGGAUCUUGACUGAGCUCCAGCCUCCUCAGAACCACUCCUUCCCCAGCAUGGACCUGCACACUGAGGAUCCUUGGAGCUUUUCACUCCAAACUGACCAAUUAGGAACAUUAAACCAGAGAGGGGGGAAUCCACAUCCACAGCAACUGACAUACAAAAUAGUAGGACUCUGCUACACGAUGACAGGUCAAACGGAUGAGAUGAGAUGUUUUCUCUUCAUCUCUGGGUCUGCUGGAUAGUCACCUUAUUUCAACCAGCCAAGCUGAUCUGUUUUCACAGAUGAUGUGAGCAUUCCCAAGAAAAAUAAGGCUUCAGUAGACUUGGAGCCAAGAAUGAAAUAUAGCAAAAAUGAAUAUAUUAAUAAAACUAUUUUUAAAAAGAAAUUAUCAAUGUCCCUCAGUAUCGGGAAAGGCUGAAAAGUUGUGCUGGUCUCUGUGAUUUUGUGUAUAGUUCUUCUGUGUUGUAUAUUACUGUUUUCUGUUGUUAUUGUGUAUUACAAUGAUAGUGUUAAACUUGACUGAAAAAAAGAGGCAUAACAGAUGGUUAGGUGUUUCUUUAUUGUUACUUCACAAGAGAACCCCUAUUUGCUGAUUGAUUUCAUGCAGGUGACAUGCUGUGACAUGUUGGAAGACAAAAAGUAUUUAAGGGGUCUGGGAGAGAGCCCCUUUGCCUUUAGAUAGGUGGCCUUUGUGAUUCUGUGGUCUAUUACAGGUUGCUGUUAACCUUGCGAGUAGAUUUUUGGCUCUGCAGUGAUUUUCUGUUGCAGGCUUGUAGGCUUACUGAAGUCUAUACUUGUCAGUUUAUUUCCUCAGAAUAAUACUCCAAUGGUAAACCUAAAAAAAAAACAUUUAAUUAGAAUUGUUAAAGAAACCUUUCUAUGUGUGUGUGUUUUGACAAAUCCUUGGUUUUAGAACAUGAGGUAAAACUGACCUCCCAUAGACAGCAACAUUAUAUUCUCGUAUUAAACUUCUAAUGGCAAGAUGUAAUAUACACACAAACAGUUAGGCUCUCAUCACGAACAUCAUGAGACCCAAUCAAGAACUGAAUGCAUGUAACCUUAUGAUAUGCUCGAGUAUUCCUCUGCUUUGCACUCAAAUUAAUGUUGUGGGUGGUGAUAUGUGUCUGUAUAUCCCUUUCAUUUGAUUUGAGAAGGUGGAAUUGAUUGGUUGUUGCCAGGUAGACAAACCAGCAUAGUAAAAGGUAAUUGGAGCAAUUAAGCUAUGGUUAGAAGACUUUCUGAUUCUUGUUUAUGCUGCAAGUGUGUUAAAAUGUGUAUUAAUAAUUCUGAAAUUAUAGUCUACUGCUAAGCCAUGUUUGAAUCCUGUCAAUUUUCUCUAACUCUAAAACCAUGCAUUUGAGAAACUACACCAGAACCAUAUUAUUUUUGUCAUGACCACAGAAUGACAUGUUUUACCUUUGUGUUUAAGAUUUAACAUUGGAAUAUUUCUUUAAGGAAGUUACUGAGGGAAAGCGCAAAAAAGUUAGACACAAGAAGGAGAGUGUCUUUAAAUAUGGAUCCUUUAUUUUCCUGUGAAUUGUUAUUAUUAUUAAGUUUAUUUUGAACAUUUAAAUGUUUGAGUGUUGAUAUGAAAUUUUGUAAUACCUUUGUUCCAUCCAUUUACUUGCGCCAUUGCUGCCGAAUAGAUGAUUUUUAUUUUUAGCCUUACAGUAGUUUCUUUGUCUACUGUUGUCAUUUUUAUUAAGAUAAUUUCAUCUGGUUUGGUCUGGCAACUUAAGAGGUUAUUUUGUCCACUAAGCCUUUUUAUGUCAAAAAUAUAGGUUUAUAUGCAUGUGUGUAUAUAUUUAUAUUCACACAAAUAUGCUAACAUAUGGUAUAUAUAUAUUGUAAAAAAUGAAUAUUUGAAUAUAUAAAAUUGCUAUUUUUGUCAAUGAAUGAAAAAAAAAAUGGGGUAAACAGUUCAAGUUUGUCUGAUUUCAAUGAAGAUAUUUUUCUCACAGAAAAAAAGAACUAUAACCUCCCCUUUCCUCAAAAUGAGAAGCACCACUGCCUUAUCCGUCUAUGCACAAUAACACAUAUAGCUAGCUAUACAUUCAUGGUUGCAUGACAUUAUUGUCAAAAGUUAUAAAUGUAUAUGUGAUUUUAUACUGCUAUCUUUGUUCUCCUGUAAGUUUGGUUUACUGAAAAUUGGUCCAGUAGGCUAAUAUAUCUAUAGCCUAUAACAGAAGAAUGGUUAAUGACACCGUUAGAAUGUGACUAUUGUUAUUGGAAGAUGGGGGGUUUUACAGUGGAAAAAUGGCAUCCUAUAAAUGGGUCAUUUUGGGUUGAAUUUAUGGAUCAACAGCACACAUGCUGACCAAGGUUGAACCCAUGUUUUCAGAUUGGGAUUUUUUCUAGAGGGUUUGCCUCAGAUGUUGCCAUGUAUUUUGGGGCAAAAUAAACAUAAAAAGACCCUCAAUAUAACGUGAAGAAAUACAAAUCCAA